ACAAGAAACAAACCGUUGUCGUUUUUGACUUAUCAAUAAUGGCGUCAAGCGAUGAGCGUCCGGGAGCGUAUCCGGCACGUGACGGAGGAGAAACCUUACCUCCGGGAGAUCCGACGACGUUGAAGUCGAUGAUGAUGGACAAAGGAGCUGCGAUGAUGCAAUCUUUGAAACCAAUCAAACAGAUGAGUCUUCAUUUGUGUUCAUUCGCUUGUUAUGGUCACGAUCCUAGCCGUCAAAUCGAAGUUCAUUUCUAUGCUCAUCGAGUCAACGAAGACUUUCUUCAAUGUGCUGUUUACGACUGUGACUCCUCUAAAACCCACCUCAUCGGGAUCGAGUAUAUUGUGUCCGAGAGGUUAUUUGAUACUCUCUCCUCGGAAGAGCAAAAGCUUUGGCACUCUCAUGACUAUGAGAUUCAAACAGGUCUUCUAGUAAUUCCAAGGGUCCCUGAGCUUGUAGCUAAGCCUGAGCUUCGAAAUAUUGCCAAAACUUAUGGAAAGUUUUGGUGCACUUGGCAGACCGAUCGGGGGGAUAAGUUGCCAUUAGGUGCACCAGCACUAAUGAUGUCACCACAAGACGUGAACAUGGGUAAGAUCAAGCCAGGGCUAUUGAAGAAACGUGACGAUGAAUAUGGGAUCUCGACAGAAUCUUUGAAAGCGUCUCGAGGUGGUAUUGUGGGACUGGAGAGGAAAAAUCCGAUGGCUGAUUAUUGGGUUCAUCACGGAAAAGGUUUAGCGCUCGAUAUAACCGAGACGGAUAUGAAGAAAUGUGCUCCGUUCCCUUAGUAAAUUUCGUGUGUAACGAACGAUACCAUAAUGUUCGUGCUUUUGCCAAUGUGUGGACCGUUAGUUUUAAAUAAUGAUAUCCUUGUGUUUGUAUAUGUAGUGCUACAAAGUGAUGAAAAUAUGGGUUCUUAUGUUUAUGGGUUUUUUUCUUUCUUGAAACAUAUAUGUAAUGUACUAGGCUUCAGUAAUUAUUUAA